AUGAAAAUUAUUUUUUAUCUUCGUCGUCGAUCUCUAGUGGAACGUUUUCGUCGAAAACAAUCGAUUCAAAUGUUACGUCAUAUUGUUUACAUGCUUAUUAUUCUAAGUAUUACCGGAAUUCCAUUACGAGCUAUUUUCAUUCAGGCCCAUAUCAAUCAAAAGCUUGUACCAUACUAUGCACAAAAAUUAGGCAUGCUUUUUGUUACAUUUUCACAUGCCGGUGUCAUGAUCUAUAUACUUCUUUUAACAGCAGAUGUACGUCGUAGUCUUAUUCAAUCACUCAGAUUUUCUUAUAAAAUACCAACACAGAUAGAACACAUAGCACCCAUGCAAAUAAAUGUGCCAAGAUUGAAUAUUAAUCAUUGA